UUUUAUAAUGAGUACAAGUUCAAAUGAAUAUUGCAAUAGAAGGGAAAUAAUUGGAAAUGGAGAAAGGGAUACUUUAAACGAAGAAAAGUUAAAAGUUGAAGAUUUUAGGAAGGAAACAAUUUUGGAGGAAGGAGAAGAGAAUUUUACUCACAAAAUAAAGAUAAAAAAUUCAAACAAAACAAUUAACAAUUCCCAACAACAACAACCCCAACAAAAUCCUUUAAUUUCUUCAAAUAUUAAAUCAAAACCUAAAGUAAAUUGCACAGUAUCUCACAAUCAACAAAAAUGUAUUGAUCGUUCAAGUAGUGGCUCAUCAGGGAUUUCUGUUUAA